AUGGCAAAGCUUACAAUCUUGUUCAUCGUCGUCUCAUCGUUCGCUGUCAUUACAAAUGCAAAUAUUUUCAAUGGAAGCUGCGAACCAAUUGUUAAUGAAGAUAUUUGUGUGGAUCAAAGCUAUUUUGAGUAUCUUACGGAACCGAAAUCUUUCCAAGUAAUUGGGCAUAUGGAGUUUGAUAAAAGACAAGGAGUCACAAUGUUCUACUCGUAUCUCAAGACAAACUUAAUUGCAACAAUUUCAAGUUACAAUGGCAUUCACUUUUCGAUUAAUUGUUUUAAAAUUCCAUACAAAAUUAAAUAUCAGAAAUUCAUGGAUUUUCAGCUUAAGAUACCAAAAUGCAAUGACGUUUAUUCUUUAUUCAUGCAAAUGCGCAACUUGAACUUUAAUUUCAACAGACAUGUGAACAAGGAACCAAUUGUUAUAUCAACGUUCAAGAUUGACAAAUAUCUAUCGUUUUGGGGAUGUAGACCAAUGGACGGAAAAUCUGUAGUUGACAGAGCAGCAUGGAUCUUAAUGGAUAAUGGAAAUAAUAUUGAAUAUGACAGUGAAAAAUUGAAAGUUUAUUUGGAUGAUUUCCUUGACAAAUUAAGAACAAAAAUCAAUGAAACAAGAAUAAAAAUAAGUAGCAACUCUUUCACUGUCUACAAUAUAUCAGACAAGUAUACUUCAUGUCAUAGUUCAUUUGACGAAAAAGCAGUCUAUAGUGAAAUUAAAAAAGAUUUUCCUUCAAAGCAAAUUAAACAGUCAAACCUGAAGAUAGACGAAUCAAUGAAAUUAAAGUUUGGAUAUAUGAUUCUUAUGUUUUUGGGUCAUUUCAUUUUUAUGUUGGUGUUCUUUGCAAUUGGAUAUCAGGUAGUUAUAAGAUGUUACAAGGAAUAG